AUGCUCUGGUAUGUUUUUAUGCAUUAUAAUUCAAGAGGUUAUUUAUUAUUGAUGUUCUUGUUAAUACAUACUUCUUCACAUCCAGGUAUUUCAUUUAAGACACAACUACUUUAUGCAAUAGUCUUCAUUACACGUUACUUGGACUUGUUUACAACUUGGAUUUCAUUGUACAACACUUUAAUGAAAAUUUUCUUUAUAGCUACGUCAAUUUACAUUUUAUAUUUGAUGAAAUACAAGUUCCGAGCAACUUAUGAUCCAACUUUAGAUACACUUCGUAUAGAAUUUUUGUUAGGACCAAGCUUAAUACUUGCUUUAUUGCUUAACUAUCGUUUCAUAUUCCUUGAGAUUUUGUGGACAUUUUCAAUUUAUCUUGAAUCUGUCGCUAUUCUACCACAAUUAUUUAUGCUUUCACGUACUGGAGAAGCUGAAACAAUCACAACACAUUAUUUAUUUGCGCUAGGUGCAUAUCGGGCACUUUAUUUAUUGAAUUGGUUAUGGCGUUUCCAAUAUGAAGGAUAUACUGAUUGGAUUGUUUGGAUCGCUGGUGCCAUCCAAACAGCUUUAUAUAGUGAUUUCUUUUAUAUCUAUUAUAAAAAUGUGUUACAUGGAAAAAAAUUUGAAAUACCACAGUAA